AUGUCGACUACUGGAGACAACGAGGUUUCGCACGUCUUGACGGAAAGAAACCGAUCGAACGACGCCAGUGCUGGAUCGCAAGACACACAAACGUCCUUCAAAUCUCUGUUUGGCGGCACGUCACCGGAGGCGGAAGAGAAGGACACGGAAUUCGACACUCACCAGCAUUCAUCCCACGGGUUCAGCAACGUAACAAAGGCGCCUGCAAAGCUGGCAACUCAGAAUGUCGCGCCGUUUCUUGCCAAACACAUCCCUGAACAAUAUGGCCCGCUAGGCGCUCGGUCGAUUCUACCGGAUCAACUGAACAGCACAAACUCGAAAUACUGCUAUCGUCAUCGCCCGGACCUGAAAUGCAGGCGACAAGCAGAUGAGCCGUCCAUGGAUAAGCUACAACGAGAGUUGGAAUCGCUCCCCCAAAGUGACCAACAGAGCAUCUCGCAUGUUUGGUCCCUGUUCUCCGCCGCACCUGCCAAGCAUCGGAAACUCUUACUGCAGGGCAUAAUGACCCAGUGCUGCUUCCCCCAGCUCUCGUACAUUUCCGCUACCGUCCGCGACCUCAUUCGUAUCGAUUUCAUAACCGCGCUACCCCCAGAGAUCUCUUUCAAGAUUCUUUGCUAUCUGGACACAACUUCACUUUGCAAGGCUGCGCAGGUUUCGCGCGGAUGGCGGGCGCUGGCUGACGAUGAUGUGGUCUGGCAUAGGAUGUGCGAACAGCACAUCCACCGCAAGUGCAAGAAGUGCGGCUGGGGUCUGCCACUACUGGACCGGAAGCGCCUGCGCGAGUCGAAGCGUGAAAUCGAAAUGCGUGCUACAAAUUGGGAAAUGGGUAGCACAGACGCAGAAUCUGCGCAGGAGACACAGACUGACCAACAAACGGAGUCUUCGGGUAUAGGCAAACGAAAGCUUGAGGAGGAUGAAGUUGCUGUUGUCAAGCGUCAUUGUUCGUCGCUCGGCACCGAAUCCGAAAAAGAUGAAGAUUUCUUCAAGACCCGCUACCGACCAUGGAAAGAGGUGUACAAGGACCGCUUCAAGGUUGGGACGAACUGGAAGUAUGGCCGGUGCUCGAUCAGAUCGUUCAAAGGCCACACCAACGGUGUAAUGUGUCUGCAGUUUGAAGACAACAUCCUUGCUACUGGCUCUUACGAUAUGACAAUCAAAAUCUGGGACACCGAGACCGGAGAAGAGCUGCGCACCCUCCGUGGACACGAGUCCGGAAUCCGUUGCCUGCAGUUUGACGACACCAAAUUGAUUAGUGGCAGUAUGGACCGUACCAUCAAGGUAUGGAACUGGCGCACUGGCGAGUGCAUUUCUACGUAUACCGGACACCGCGGGGGAGUGAUUGGGCUGCAUUUCGAUGCCUCAAUUCUUGCUUCCGCAUCUGUUGACAAGUCUAUCAAGAUCUGGAAUUUCGAAGACAAGUCCACUUUCCUUAUGCGAGGGCACACUGACUGGGUCAACUCGGUUAGAGUUGACACUCCCUCCCGAACUGUAUUUUCCGCUUCUGAUGACUGUACGGUGCGGCUUUGGGAUCUGAACACAAAGGCUUGCAUCCGGACUUUCCAGGGGCAUGUGGGCCAAGUGCAGCAAGUUGUCCCUCUGCCCCGUGAAUUUGAGUUUGAAGACCACGAUGCCGAGUGUGAUAACGACGACCACCUCAGCACAGCUUCUGGCGACACAUGGCCACCUUCCAUCCAAGCCUCGAUGGGCUUAGAGCCCAAUGCAGCCUACAGCCAGUCUUCAGUCUUUGGACCUUCUUUCGACAAUGGCCGGUCUGCACCGCCACGAUACAUGGUUACGAGUGCACUUGACAACACGAUCCGCCUCUGGGAGACUACGACCGGCAGGUGCCUGCGCACUUUCUUCGGUCAUUUGGAGGGCGUCUGGGCACUGGGUGCUGAUACUCUCCGUAUUGUGUCUGGCGCUGAAGACCGUAUGAUCAAGAUCUGGGAUCCCAGAACAGGCACGUGCGAGCGCACAUUCACUGGCCACUCUGGACCGGUGACUUGUAUCGGCCUGGGUGACAGUCGUUUCGCUACUGGCAGCGAAGACUGCGAAGUCCGGAUGUAUAGCUUCUCUAGCUGA